GCAAGAAUGCCCGUCCCGAUGGAGCUCCCGCUACUGUAUGGUAGUCUCUGGCUCGCACUCUUCAGUCUCUGGGUCGUCGUCUGCUACCGCGCCAAGGAGUAUUGCACUGGGCUGCACACGGCGCUUGGCGCCACGGCCGCAUCGGCGGUCCUCGACAUGGCCGUUCAGUCACUUGUGAUGCUCUUGGAGGCGCCACAAACCAUUGCGAAUGCGUGCCACGCGCUCUUCUUUGGCAGCUUCAUGCUGAGUUUGCUCUUGAUCGCGGUCGGGUAUGGCAUCACGACCUCGUCGCUUGGCUGGCGACACAGCGUGAGCCUCAGCGUUUAUGCGGUCGUCCUCGCAAUCUUUCGCUGGUGGCGCACCGUGAACGAGUCGACCGAAGUGCUCGUGCUCGCACUCACGUUGCAUAUGCUUGUCUUGCUCUACCUCUGGCGCCACACGUCGCAGAAUCUUCAUUUCCUGCUCAUGGUCGUCUACAUGAUGCGCGGAGAGCGACUCCCGACCGACAGUGUCCUGCCAAAGUACUACCUCUUUCGCCAUUUGCGCCAGAUCCUCGUCUGCUUCUUCCUCGCCUACCUUGUGUUUGGCGCGUGGACGGCGACCACCGUCGAGGAUUCGUCGAUGGUGUUUCUCAUCCUUGAAGAGAGCUUGAUCCUGGGCACGUCGGCGCACCUCGGACUCCUCUUGCGCCCGACGCCCAAAUUCCAAAGCGAAGACUUUGGGCAGUGGAAUGCGUACCAGCUCUUUAGCACCUAUGCGCGGCUCAUGCGCGGGCUCAGCAUCGACGAUGUGCUCUCGGGCGACGAGAUAUUGCCGCUGACGGCGCCGCGUCCGGACGUGGUCGUCAUCCAGAACCCGUCGAGUGUCUCGGACCGCGGCGUGGUCGUGCACAACGUGAGCGUGGGGAUCCCCGCGCUGCAGUAAUCGUCAGACUGGAUAUUGUCGUGCAAUUGGAUUCUCUAUUCUGUGUAAACCUAAGGCGCUAUCUUCUAUCGAGGCUUUUCCAC